UAUCCCAUCCCUGGAGUUAAAAAAAAAAAAAAAAAAAAAAAAAAACCAGACGGCUGUAAUUAACGACAUUUAACUGGUCUCGACGUGGUCAGCCCACGUGUCUAGUUGUGAUUGGCGUAUUCAGAGUUGAAGGACACCGUAAAACGUGUCGUCGCCAGAACCCGGAUCCGCGACGCCGUGCGAAAGUACCAAAUUCAGCUCAGCUGUCUUUCUCCAUAGAAAUCGAAAACCCUAAACCCCCAGAAGUCAAAUCUGUUCAAGUCUGUUCUCCCAAGGACGCAUUCUUCCUAUUCCCCGAUCGAUACCUUUCAUUUGAUGGUAGUUCGGGAGGUUCCGUGCCGAAAUCUGAGAAAUGAGAGGGUUUCUCCUCUAUCGGUUAUUCAUCUUCAUCUUAUGCUUAGCCCUCGCAUUCGGAACUUCAUUGGAUUCUGAAGAAUCUGAUUCGGAAGCAGAGCUCGGCAGCAGCUCAGAACUCCCGGCCACCAAUUUCCCGUUAUCCCUCCCACCUAAACCUGAAACAGCAAUUGUGGUGACUCCAGAUGGCAUGAUACAUCUAAUGAGUUCAGGAACAAUCCUGUGGUCAUUUCCGUCAGGUCCAGCUAUAUAUUCUUCAUUUCAAGAUAACAACCUUGGCGGUUACCAUAAUUUGUCUACUGAGGGAGAAAACUUCCAUAUAGAUAUUGGAGAAGAUGGGAAAUUGUACCUAUAUGUGAAUAACAUAAAAAAAGAGGAGCUCAGUGCUGAUGAAUUUCUGAAGCACACUCCAUAUACCUUAGCUGGUCGAGUCAUGCUAGGAUCAAAAAAGACCACUGCAUUUCUUGUGGAUUCUAACACUGGAAGAGUGAUUCGUACAUCUAAGUCAGAUAUGUUUGGGGACAAGGAGGUCGGUGAAAAUCCAAUUAUGGCAAGGAAUGAUCUUGGAGAUUUGACAAUGCACAUAAUGAGAACGGACUAUUCUUUUAAGUUCACAUGUACAAAGACAGGGAAAGUUUCAUGGUAUCUGCACUUUGCUACGUUUGAAGUUUCAUUGCAAUCCGAAAGAGUUGACAAGUUCCUUGGUCCAACAAUGCUACCUGUCCAUAUAAUUCGAGAUCCCAAAGUAUUAGAAUCAUUUUUUAUGUCACAAAACGCUCUUCCUGGAGUCGGAUCUCUUUCUUUACCUCCUGCAGUUCAUAAUCUUGUAAUCCCCAAUGAAAAAUGGGUCAAAUUCCAUCAGAACAAUGAAGUUGCAUCACAAAAGGCUCUUCCUGCUCCUUUGCUUGAUGAAUUUGCAAUCAUGAGUCUGCCUGCUGGAGAUAAUCAAGUGGUCAUAGAAUCAAAUUUUUUAUCAGGGUCUUUUUUCUGGUCUUUUGUUCUCUUUGGCACUUUGGUGCUACUCAUUGUGGCUUUCCUUUUCUUUAUGGCUUCUUCAGUAAAGGAGAAAUGGUAUAAGUUGCGAAAUCAGGCUGUGGAUAAAAAAAUAGAUGUUAUGACACCAAAAAAGAAGAAACUUCGGAAGUCUGGAAUUAACAAGAAAAGUCCAAAUAGUGACAAAGGCAAGGAAAAGGUUUUUACUGAUGAGUCUUCUUUUGCUCAUGGACUUCCAGACAGUGGAAACACUGAAAACCAGAUGCAGGUUAAGUUGCUUGAUAGGUAUUGUAAUCUGGUAGAUGGGCGCAAGAUAGGUAAAUUGUUUGUCUCUAACAAGGAAAUUGCCAAGGGAAGCAAUGGCACUGUCGUACUUGAGGGUAUAUAUGAUGGCCGUCCUGUUGCUGUUAAACGCCUUGUGCAAACCCAUCAUGAUAUAGCACUGAAGGAGAUACAGAAUCUUAUUGCCUCUGAUCACCACCCAAACAUUGUGCGAUGGUAUGGAGUGGAGUACGAUCAAGAUUUUGUCUACCUUUCUCUUGAGCGCUGCACCUGUAGCUUAUCUGAUUUGGUUUCACGGUACUCUAACUCUUUUGAGAUGAAAAUUUAUGGAAAUGACCAAGAUCCCAUCUCUAGAAGUGAUUUCGAUCGACAAGGACAAUGGGCAUCUGACAAUAAUCACAAUGUCAAGGAUUUUGAGUUGUGGAAGGCCAAUGGUUAUCCUUCGCCGAAGUUGCUAAAACUGUUGAGCGAUAUUGUUCAUGGCCUUGCCCAUUUGCAUGAACUCGGUAUUAUUCAUAGGGACUUGAAACCUCAAAAUGUUCUAAUUGUCAAAGAAAGACCAAUGCGUGCAAAGAUUUCAGAUAUGGGUAUCAGUAAAAGCCUUGCUGGAGACAUGUCUUCUUUAAGCAGAAGUGUUACCGGUUAUGGGAGUUCGGGGUGGCAAGCACCGGAACAACUUCGUCAUGAACGUCAAACACGUGCAGUCGACUUGUUUAGUUUAGGUUGUGUCCUGUUCUUUUGCAUCACUGGUGGAAAACAUCCAUAUGGUGAAGGUUUUGAACGUGAUGUAAAUAUAGUUAAUGAUCGGAAAGACCUCUUCUUGAUAGAGAAUAUUCCCGAAGCUACUGAUCUCAUAUCUCGACUCCUACAUCCAAUUCCAAUAUCUAGGCCAACUGCUAUGGAGAUUAUAAAUCACCCCUUGUUUUGGAAGCCCGAAACAAGGUUGGCUUUUCUUCGAGAUGCUAGCGAUAGGGUAGAAUUAGAGGAUAGAGAGGCUGACUCAGAUAUCUUGAAAGCAUUAGAAAAUAUAAAAACCGAGGCUUUGGGUGGUCAAUGGGAUGCAAAACUGGACACUGCCUUCAUCAACGACAUUGGUCGCUAUAGGCGAUACAAGUUUGACAGCGUUAGAGACCUGUUACGGGUUAUUAGAAACAAGCUAAACCACUACAGAGAACUGUCAAAGGAGAUCCAGGAACUCCUGGGACAGGUUCCUGAAGGAUUUGACAGCUAUUUCUCAAGUCGGUUUCCCAGACUUGUAAUGGAAGUUUACAACGUCAUUCGGAUAUACUGUGGAGAAGAAGAAACCUUUAGAAUAUAUUUCAAAAACAAUCACAUCUAACAUUUUAUUUGUGAGUGUAUAUAUAUGUUGCUGUAUAUAUGUUGUAAAUUGUUCUUAUUAUUGUAAGUUAAACACGUGCUCAUUGUAAUAUUGAUGUUUGAUAUAACACAUGAAUGAAUUUUUAA